CUUGUGUAUUAAUUAUAAGUUGGCACCAGUUUCUGCUAGACAUUUCUGUUAAUUAUUCAAUACAGGACUUUGUAAAAUAUUCUAUAAGUGUUUGAAUACAUUCAACCGAAUUCUAUACACUACUUAGAAUAUAAAAAAAUGUAGCAGUAAUAGUGAAAAUCUUAAACAUAAUUUUGAAACAUGAAAAGUUUCAAAUAGGUUAGAAACGAUGGAAGUAGAUUUGAAACUUGAAUGUUUCAAAUGAUAAAAGAGUGAAAAUAUUUUAGAACAGAAUGGGGUGGUAAUACUAAAUUAUAAAACAUUUAUUCAUGUGAGAGAAUAAAGCUGUAUUUAUUAUGUUAAAUUGUAUAAUAUAAGAUUUCCAAAAUGAUGCAUUAUACACCUUGGAUCCAUCACCAAGCGGUGUUGGACAAUCAUCAGUGUUAUGCACCAUAUAUGACUAAUGUGCCAUCCUAUCCGCACAAUAAUCAUGAACAACAGCAUAUUACAGAAGAAGAAAGUGAACAAACAGGAGAUGAAAUGCACGAUACAAUUACCUCUGCUACAUCAGGAGAGCGCAGUUCUAGUGCUGACAUAUUUAGAUUAGAAUUUGCAGCAGCUCAAUGGUCUAAACUAGUUUCAAAUGCAGAGGGCCUAUUUACUAAGCUCAUGACAAGUAAUAUUUUACCUCAUACAGAACAAGAUCAGAUUGAACAAUGGCUAUGUAUGAAACAAGAGUAUGAAGAAUGCAUUGCUAGUGAUGAUACAGGUAGUUUGCAAGGCUAUACAGAAAAUGCAAGAAGAUCAUUGGAAAGAAUAGAAGAAGUAACUGAAACAGAUGAAAAGACAGAUGAAUCUGUACAUCAAAUGGAAAGAAAAAUUGACUUAAAUUGUUUAUCCAGUUCAGAGAGUGAACUGUCUGAAACUAAUGAUGAUGACGAUGAAGAAGAGGAAGAAGAAGAAGAGCACAGUGAUGUUAGUUCAGAGAACCCAGAUUUUUUAGAAAAAUUGGAUGAAUGUAUGAAUAAACUUAAAAUAGAAACGGAUAAAAUAGUUGAUUCCAAAAGAGACGAGUUCAGAGAAACAAAUAUAGAAAUCAUUCCAUCUAUAACAAGAUCUAUGAAUACUAAUAAUAAUUAUGUCUCUGCAACUAGACCAGUUCCACUUAGAAAUCCAAAUUCCAGGAGGAAUUCAAUGCUUCCUGGUUCUGAAAUGUGUAAUGAAGUGUUAGCCUUUAACGAUAGCCUUAAAUCUAACCAAAAUCAAAUAUUAGAUAAUAAAACAUCAGCAUUUGCUAGUAUAAGAAUCUUAGACAAUCGUGAACCUGAAUCAUUUAUCAAUGAAAAUAUUGCAAUUCAUAAUGACAAUUCACCGGAUUUAUUAAUUGAUGCUUUGAAAACAACAGAAGUGCCCGAACCCAUAAAAGAAUUAAAAACUUUGACAUUAAAUAAUGAGGCAAAACAAACUCAAGUGAAAAAGAUUCAAUCAGAUUUAGAUGGAGCCCAUAAACGUAUAGAAGAGCUACAAACGACUAUUAAAAUUAAAGAAAAAUUCAUUGCAGAUAUGAUAAAAAAUUCAGAUGCACGCGCUAGCGCAAAACAAAAAUUUCAGCGCAAAUGGAGUAAAUUAGAAGAAGAAUAUUAUAAUACAAGAAGCCAACUGGCUCAAGCGGAAAAUGCUUGUAUCUAUAAAGACUCAGAAGAAAAAUCUGCUCAUAAAAAGGAAAUUGAAUUAUAUAAAAACAUGGCCAUCCAUUAUGAGAAAAGAUUAAUGGAUAUUGAAAUGAUAAAGCAAAUUGCAGGUGAUUCUGCUAAAAAAGUACUAGAACUUGAGAGUUCUUUAAAUACAUCUAAAAAGCAAAUGGAGAAAUUGAAGAAACAACUAAAAAAAGAAGAAGAACGUAAGAAACAAUUAGAAGAGGAAUUAGCAGAGGAUCAGAAAAAAAUACGUGAUCUCGAGGAAAAAUAUAACUUAACUGCUUCCAAAUUAAAAGAGAUGCAAUCGGAAAGUGAGGAUGAAAAAAAUAACAGUAAAUCAAAAACCGAUUACUCUGAUAAGAAAAAAAAUUUGUUAGACGUAAGUGCAAGAAUAUCACAUCUUGAUCAUGUUUUAAAAGAAAAAUCCAUGGAUUUGGAAAGAACGGCAGACAUAGAUGAAAAAGAAGCUCUACGUCAUGAAAUUCGAAACCUUCGACGUACUCGAGAUUGUUUAGUAGAUGAGAAAUGCGAUCUGGAUGAAAAGUUUCAAAAAGAGAAAACGUUAUCCACUGUAGAAGAACGAAAAUUAUUAGAAUGUGGAGAAACCAUUGAGGCGAUCGAUGCUAUGAUCGAACACAAAAAUGAGAUGAUUUGUGGACGGAAAGGAUUCGAUGAAAAUCAAUCACAACGUGAGAAAGGGGAAAGAAUGCUAAUGGAGAGGUUGGCGAAACUUUCAGAUGGUGAAAUGAGAACUUUAUUUUAUAAGUAUUUUCUGAAAGUAAUCGAUUUAAAGGAAAGUUCUAAAAAUCUCGAAGUUCAGACAGCUGAAUUAGAAGGUCAUAUAGAGUCCCAAGAAUGGCAGAUACAGACAUUAACAAAUGCUCUAAAACAGACUAAAUUAGAAGCAGAGAGAAGAAUAGUUUUGAUGCAAAGAGAACAUGAGGAAAAACUACACCUCAUGUUUAGGCACUUUGCGGAAGAAACUAGCAGUUCCGGUCAUGAAAGAUUGGAUAAAGAUUCUGAACUUGCGAAAUACAAACGUGAAAAUAGAACUUUGAGAAAACGGCUAGCUGAUGUCGAAGCUCUUUUGAAAGGUCCAACGCCUCCACGUACAGCUAGUCCAGCGAAAAUCUCGCAACAAGGGUUAAAACAAAUUGCACCGAAUAGUCGGCCGACAACCAAAGUAACUAGGCAGCGAAAUAAAUUGAUAAUACAAAAAACCACCGACUGCGAUAAAAGAAAGAAAUGAGUUUUUUUAACAAAAAUAGUCCUUUCUCUGUUUUUCCACAGUUAGCAUUUAUUAUUUACUCAAUAUUUUUUUAUCUUUUGUACAGUAUUUAACUAUUACGUUAUUAACUUAAUUGAACAUACAAACGUUUAUCCAUUAUAGACAUGCAUUUUUUAUUAUUUGAGAACAUAUUCAACCAUUUGUGUGUUGUAUCACAAAUAAUCAUUUUCAGAAAGUAAAAUAUCAGUAAUUUAGUCCAAAUAUGACAGUCAGUGUGUAUAGUUUCAUGGUAUAUUUUUCAAUCCUCUCGUGCAAUUAUCAAUUAAUAUUUAUUAUAUACUCGUAAAAUAAAUUCAAGUUAUAGUAUAUUCAUUAAAUCAAGAAUAUUGAACCUCAAUCAAAAUAGUAUUUGCAUGUUUCCCAGAUCUCAAGAAAAUACGUAUGAUAAGUAAAUAAGUAUCAGAUAUAAUAAAUACGACGGUAUAUUUAUGCUUUAAAGAAAAUAAGGUCCGAAUUAUUAACAAUCAUUUCAAUACUCACUGUAUUUAAUAUAGUAUGAACAUUCUAUAGUAUAUCACUGUAUGUAACACUGUUAGUAACUCAAUUUAUUAUAAUAUCGGUAAAUGUGUUUCACACUUAAUAGUGUAAAAAUAGACAUGAUAUGGAAUAAUUUAUGUAUAAGAUUUGUGCUCAUUGACUUCCGAUAUAUUAUUUAUUGAAAUUUUGUAAAUAUAUUAAUAAUACGUUAAAUACAUCAUUAACCUUUAACCCUCUGAUCCCUCGCUAAAAUAUUAAUGAACAACUUAUUUCUAAUUCACCAUAAAAUCGCUAAAAUUCCAUAUGAAACAUACACGAAAGUUAUUACAAGGACCGAAACGAUUAAUAUCCCUUACACUUUCACAAAAUGAACGCAGUAAAUAAAUAAUCGAUUAUUGAAAACGAAA